AUGCCUCUGCGCGACAUCCUUCACAAGAAGGACAGGAUCAACGAGGCAGAAAGCCAGUAUGCGCCAAAUGCAUCCUCAAGCCCUGUCCCCGAAAUCAAAUUCAUCCGAUCCGAUACGCUGUCCCACCAGCUCAUCACCCCACCAAGCUAUGAAGGCGAUGAGAAUAUCGCCCAUCGCGCACAGAACCAAGCGGAAUUUCUAGACCCCGCGCGGCCGUCUUCCUCUACGCACAGGAGAUCUCUGAACAUAUUCAGUCGCUCAUGGUCGCCGUCCGAUGCCUCGGAGCCGGCCUCGCCGACUCGACCGCACGGAGAGCGACGGCUGUCGCAUCUACUAGGCCGCGAUCGCGGGUCGCGGAGUACCAGCGCGAACUCAACCAUUAUCCCCGCGGACCUUCCGCAGAUCAGCGAUGACAAAGGCGACGAGCAGGAGCGUGAGGCGCAGUGGGAGAAGAGAGCGACAAUUCUGGCGCAGCAGAGCCCGUUGUCUGGAUCUUCUGCACACUCGGCCCAUGCUUCGCCUGGUGCGCUUGGUACAAGAAGCGUCGAAGAAGGACGGUCAAGAAGCUCAAGUCAUAGUCGGAUCAAUGAUCCGCAAGGCGAUGUCAAUAUACAAGAAGCAAUCCGUCUUCAUGAAGCUGGUGAGCUGGAGAAAUCGACAGACAUGUUCCGCCAGCUGGCGGAUCCAAAUGGUGCGAACAAUGCGCUGAGUCAAGUGCUAUACGGACUCGCGCUGAGACAUGGAUGGGGAUGCCCGCCAAACCCGAACCAGGCCGUGACAUACCUCUCUGCUGCCGCCGCAAACUCUGCUUCAAUAGAGUCAGAAGCUCUACAGGCCGGGAUGAAGAAAGGUGGUGCUGCGAAAGGAGAGCUAGUACUAGCCAUCUUCGAACUGGGAAACUGCUAUCGUAAUGGCUGGGGUGUCAAAAAAGACCCGGUAGCGGCCCGACAGUACUUCGAGACGGCGGCGAAUCUAGGCGACACGGAUGCGAUGAACGAGGCCGCAUGGUGCUAUCUAGAGGGCUUUGGAGGUAAAAAGGACAAGUUCAAAGCGGCCAAAUACUACCGCUUGGCUGAAGAUAAAGGAAACAAAUUAGUGGGAAACUCAUGGAUCUGGAAAGAAAAAUACAACUCGAAAUAG